GCUCUGGCGAAGGCUUACACAAGGAGAUUUGCAUCUCAGAUCCCAUUCCUUUUAAUUUUUGGCUUUGCCUUGCCAGCCUAGAGGCACAAUCGCUGGUGGGAGCCCUCCGAAGAGAAGCCCGUGUGGAGGCAGGGCACGGGGAAGGGCGAGGGGCUCUGACGGAGGUGUCUGCCCCUGGAGCUGUGAGCACCUGUCGGGGAGGAGCUGACUCAUGUGAGAAGAAGGUCAUUCCUGCAGCCUCGCUCUGUUAAUAAUGCUUGUAAGCCAGAGGUGAAAGUGGCUCAGCAGAGCAACAUCGGGAAAUCUGGCAGACUGGAAGAGCACAGCUGCCUCCCUGGGCAGCUGCCACGUGUGAAGCAUGGAGGAAAGUAAAAAUGAGAAGGUGAACCAGGCUCAUGUUCUCUUCGACAGAUUUGUCCAGGCUUCCACCUGCAAGGGGACUCUGAAGGCUUUCCAGGAGCUCUGUGACUACCUAGAGCUAAAGCCCAAGGACUAUCGUUCCUUCUAUCACAAACUCAAGUCCAAGCUCAAUUACUGGAAAGCCAAAGCCUUGUGGGCCAAAUUGGAUAAAAGAGGCAGCCAUAAGGACUACAAGAAGGGGAAAGCAUGCGCCAACACGAAGUGUCUGAUAAUUGGGGCUGGACCCUGUGGCCUUCGUACAGCCAUCGACCUGUCAUUCCUGGGAGCCAAGGUGGUGGUCAUAGAAAAGAGGGAUGCCUUCUCCCGCAAUAACGUGCUGCAUCUGUGGCCAUUCACCAUCCACGACUUGAGGGGCCUUGGCGCCAAAAAGUUCUACGGCAAAUUCUGUGCAGGAUCCAUAGACCAUAUCAGUAUCCGUCAGCUCCAGCUCAUCCUUUUGAAGGUUGCCUUGAUCUUGGGAAUAGAGAUCCACGUCAAUGUGGAGUUUCGGGGGCUCGUUUACCCUCCGGAGGACCAGGAGAAUGAAAGAAUAGGUUGGCGUGCAUUGGUCCACCCCAAAACCCAUCCAGUAUCUGAGUAUGAGUUUGAAGUGAUCAUUGGAGGGGAUGGCAGGAGAAACACCUUAGAAGGGUUUCGCCGGAAAGAAUUCCGUGGGAAACUUGCGAUUGCUAUCACAGCAAACUUCAUCAACCGCAACACCACAGCUGAAGCCAAAGUAGAAGAGAUCAGCGGCGUGGCCUUCAUCUUCAACCAGAAGUUCUUCCAGGAUCUCCGAGACGCCACAGGCAUUGACUUGGAGAACAUUGUCUACUACAAAGAUGAUACGCACUACUUUGUCAUGACUGCCAAAAAGCAGAGCCUGCUGGAUAAAGGAGUGAUACGACAUGACCACGCCGACACAGAGGUCUUGCUGUCACGGGAGAACGUGGACCAGGAGGCUUUGCUGAACUACGCCAGGGAAGCAGCAGAUUUCUCCACUAACCAGCAGCUGCCAUCGCUGGACUUUGCCAUCAACCACUACGGGCAGCCCGACGUGGCCAUGUUUGACUUCACGUGCAUGUACGCGUCGGAGAACGCGGCGCUGGUGCGCGAGCAGAACGGCCACCAGCUCCUCGUGGCGCUGGUCGGGGACAGCCUGCUCGAGCCGUUUUGGCCAAUGGGAACUGGAAUAGCCAGGGGAUUUUUGGCUGCAAUGGACUCUGCUUGGAUGGUACGAAGCUGGUCGCUCGGAGCUAGUCCUUUGGAAGUUCUUGCAGAGAGGGAAAGCAUUUAUAGGCUGCUGCCUCAGACCACCCCAGAGAACGUGAGUAAAAACUUCAGCCAUUACAGCAUUGAUCCUGCCACCCGAUACCCCAACAUCAACGUCAACUUCCUGCGGCCGCAGCAGGUACGCCACUUGUAUAAUACAGGAGACUUGAAAGACAUUCACCUGGAGAUAGAGAACUUUGUGAACUCCAGGACACCGAAGCUGACUCGAAAUGAGUCCGUAGCUCGCUCUAGUAAAUUGCUCAGCUGGUGCCAGAGGCAGACUGAUGGAUAUGCUGGUGUUAAUGUGACAGAUCUCACAAUGUCAUGGAAAAGUGGCUUAGCUUUGUGUGCCAUUAUCCACAGAUACCGUCCAGACUUAAUAGACUUUGAUUCCUUGGAUGAGCACAAUGUGGAGAAGAAUAACCAACUGGCCUUUGACAUCGCUGAGAAAGAAUUUGGAAUAUCUCCCAUAAUGACUGGAAAGGAAAUGGCAUCUGUUGGAGAGCCAGAUAAGCUGUCCAUGGUGAUGUACCUCACACAGUUCUAUGAGAUGUUCAAAGACACCAUCCCCUCUAGUGAUAGCCUGGACCUGAACGCAGAAGAAAAGGCUGCCCUGAUUGCCAGUACCAAGUCUCCCAUCUCCUUCCUCAGCAAACUGGGCCAGAGCAUCUCUCGGAAGCGCACCCCCAAGGACAAAAAAGAGAAAGAACUGGAUGGUGCAGGAAAAAGGAGAAAAACCAGCCAAUCUGAGGAUGAGGACCUCCCACGAAGCUACAGAGAAGAAAGGCCCACGCUGGUGAGCGCCCUAACAGAGAGGAGAAUUGAUGCUGCCAUUGGGAAUCAGAACAAAGUCAAGUCCAUGGCAACCCAGCUACUGGCCAAGUUUGAAGAGAAUGCGCCAGUGCCAUCCUCAAACUUACGAAGACAGCAACCUGUCCUGCCUUAUCAAGAACGUGUUCACAGCCAGCCAUCCAGCAGACGAGAGCAGGGCCGGCUUGCCCCCAUACCCCAGUGGAAACAGAUGAGGCAUAAGGAACGUUCUCGGACCUGCCCCAAAAAAGUGAUCAUGCUCUCUUCUUCCACUCCUUGUUCCUCUCCACCAUAUCCCAGGCAGCAGAGAUUCAGGGAACCUGGUUCCGGCUAUCUCGGGGAGCAGAGUCCCAGACAGGAAAGGAGAUCUCGUUUGUUUUCUCAUGACCAAGUGCCCAUGAAUGUUGAGCAAAGGGCAUGUCAGCUGGCUGCCCUCCUGGAGUCCAGACGUGCACUGAGGCAUCAGCCUGAGACUGAGCCGUCUCGCCGAUUCUUUGUUGACCAGUGGGAGCUCUCCCUUAGCCUCCGCUCUUCCAACCGCCCUUCCUCACCCUCAUCCGACUCUCUCCGACAGAAGUACAUAAAGAUGUACACAGGCGGAGUGAGCUCAUUGGCUGAGCAGAUAGCCAAUCAGCUUCAAAGGAAAGAGCAACCCAAAACCCUUCUAGACAAGAAGGAACUGGGCUCGCUGAAGAAGGAGUUCCCCCAGAACCUGGGAGGCAGCGACGUGUGUUACUUCUGCCGCAAGCGGGUCUACGUGAUGGAGCGGCUCAGUGCCGAGGGCAAGUUCUUCCACCGCAGCUGCUUCAAGUGCGAGUACUGCGGCACCACGCUGCGCCUGUCCUCCUACGCCUACGACAUCGAGGACGGUAAAUUCUACUGUAAACCUCACUACUGUUACCGAGUCUCUGGUUAUGCUCAGAGGAAGAGGCCAGCAGUGGGUCCUCUGUCAGGAAAGGACACCAAAGGAGCUCUGCAGGACGCCAUGGCCAGCGACGGGAGCGGAAGGGCCAACAGCAUCCCCGCCUCAGCAGAGAGGGCCCCAGGUGCCAGUGUGAACGGGCUGGAGGAGCCCAGCCUGGCCAAGCGGCUGCGGGGCACUCCGGAGCGCAUCGAGCUGGAGAACUACCGGCUGUCCCUGCAGCGCGAGGAGGAGCUGGAGGAGGUGCCCGAGGAGACGCUGGCAGAGCACAACCUGAGCAGCGUGCUGGACAAAGGCACAGAAGAGGAUGUGCCCAGCAGUAGUUCAGAAUCUGAGAUGGAGGAGGAAGAUGAGGAGGAAGAUGAUGAACUGCUGCUGCCUCAGCAACCCCCCUCAGACUUGGGAGGUGUGCCAUGGAAAGAGGCCGUGCGUAUCCAUGCCCUCCUGAAGGGCAAGAGCGAAGAGGAGAUUGAGGCUGAGCAAAAUCAUGAGAUUGAGUACAAAUAUGAUGAUGAAGAGGAAGAAUACGAAGAGGAGGAAGAUGAGGAGUCAAGUGAAGAGGGGGAGUAUAACCCUUGGGAGAGAGAGCUGCAGCAAGGCCUCUGGCUCCAACGUCUCUCAGAUGAAGAGGACUCGGGUACACGGAAAGCUGGAAACCUUAGGCUGCAGCAGAUUGUAAAUCCGGUUGAUCCUCUGGAGAUCCUGGCAGAUGUGCACUGGACACACAUCCGUGAGAAAGAGGAGGAGGAAAAGAUGGUCUCAGCCUCAAAGUCCUCCACCUCCAGAGCAUCCGACCUUCCCUCCGUACGCCAUGAGGCAGUACAGGCGUGGCUGGAGACGGUCCCUGGAGCUCCAUGUGAGGAGGAUAAUGUGGAGGAUGAGCUGGGCACAGAGCCUGCAGACACAGAAGGGCAGGCAGGUGAAGAGGGAGACACGGGUGCAGAGCUGGACGAUGACGACAUCGCGUCUGACGCAGAAGCGGAGUUUCGCUUGCGUCAGGGUGGUGUGGAAAGGCCAGAAGUAAAAGUCUCUGAGGAUGAAGAAGAUGAAGAAGAAGAAGCAGAAGGUGCUUCUUGCAAUGUGACAGAAGAUCCAUGCAAGCCAUCAAUCCCUAUCCAGCCUUCUAGUGACAGUGUUCUUCCUCUGUCUCCAGCUGCUAGUCCCAAAGCAAAACAAGCAGAGGAUGUAGAAGAUCCCCUGGCUGAAGUACGCCGUGCAAUAAAAUCCCCAGAAUCGCGCUUUUUUCCUGAGCCUUUCAUUCUUGAGGAAAGACCAAAGGAUGAAAUUCCCAAAGACAGGAAAGUUAAGAGCCCUUUGGUGCCACCAUCUCCAGUGUUGUCCCAGCCAGUUGCAUCACCAGAAGCCAUUGCACCCCCACCACUGGCAGAGUCUCAGCCAGGAGCACCAGCACUGCCCUCAUCCCCAGCAGCUGCCCAAACACCUAUCUGUUCCCAGCCUUUGCCUUCUGCUGAAACAUCCAUUCCAUCCCCAGUGGAGCCUCCGGUGUGUUUCCAACCUGUCCCAGCCUUAACAUCUACUCCUUUAGCCAAACUGGCCCUUAGGGGCCAGGAUGGUGAGGUGGAAAAACUGAGGAGCCCGACCACUGCAGAGGAAGCCCUGAAACGGAGCAGCCUCGUGGAAGAGUUCUGGAUGAAGAGUGCUGAAAUCCGCAGGAGCUUAGGGCUCACCCCCGUGGACAGAAACAAACGCUCAGAGAGCAACUUCACUGUGUCUGCCCUGGAGACAACUCCUCAGAAGGCUUUCAACAGCAGGAAUAUUUCAGAGGAUGAAAGGAUCCAUCCUGUGAAACCCCAGCCUGCCCCAAGAAGACAGGGACUAUCCAAGUUAGAAAAUGAGCAGAUUUCUCUGCUCACUCCCAAGUCCCCAUCAGAAAAAGAGCUAAAGAUUCCCACUGAAGUGCGGGGAGAUGUAUCCAGCAGCUCUGGGCUUGGCCUCCAGGAGAGCUCAUCUAACAUGAGAACUAUGGCCAGCCAGAGCUUCAACACUUCUGACUCCACCAUGCUGACUCCUCCAUCGAGCCCGCCCCCACCACCUCCUCAGAACGAGGAGCCAGCCACGCUGCGUAGGAAGAGGUACCAGGCGCUGUGGCAGAAUGAGGUUGAAGCCAGGUCACCUCCAACACCAGCAUCAACACCUCCUGCUCCCAGACACCAGGAGCCAGCCCCUCCUGCCAAGAAGUCCCCCCCAGCCAAGAGAGACGACGUGCGGAAAUCGUUCGCGGAGAGUGUGGACGAGAUUCCGUUUGCUGAUGAUGUAGAAGACACGUACGAUGACAGGACAGAGGACUCAAGCCUUCAGGAGAAGUUCUUCACACCUCCUACCAGCAGGCCAAGGCCAGAGAAACCACAUCUUUUGCCCUUGGUCAAAGAAAAUGGUGGUCCACCCUCAGUGGAAGUAGGGGUUCACCAAAAGAAGAGAGUGUUCCCUGACAUUUCUGUGGAGGCCAAGGAGCUGGCUGAAGAAAGAAUGAGAGCCAGAGAGAAGUCUGUCAAGAGCCCAGCACUACGUGAUGCCAUGGCUAAACAGCUAAGUAAGAUGAAAGAUAUGGAGAUGGCUGCUGCUGCUGGGGCCACAAGGGCACGAAAGGCAUCUUCUAUGCCCUUGAAGACCAAAGAGUUGUUUUAUGACUCUCCAAAGCAUUUGGCCUUGAGAUUAGCAGAGGGAUCAGCACAAAAACAUAAUUCUGCUACUGAGAAGUACUCCACUCCUCCUGCUGAUAUGGCUGGACCUGAAGGGUCUGUCAGCUCUUCAGAAGGCUCCAGUGGGAAAAGUAAGAAAAGAAGUUCCCUCUUCUCCCCUCGUAAGAACAAAAAGGAGAAGAAAUCCAAAAAUGAUACCAGACUUUCUGACAAAUCCAGUGGUGGGACAGAGGAAGCAACAAAGCCUAGGUCAUUAUGGAAGUCUGUUUUCUCUGGCUAUAAGAAAGACAAGAAGAAAAAGGCUGAUGAGAAAUCCUGCCCAAGUACUCCCUCAAGUAAUGCCACUGUGGAUUCUGGCAAGCACAAACCCUCUCCACUGAUUACAGCUGCAGAUUUACAGCUCCGUCAACACCUGAGUUUCUCAGAGGACUCCGACCUCUCCAGCGACGAUAUUCUGGAGCGCUCCUCCCAGAAAUCCAAACGAGAGUCGAUCUAUGUACCACACGCCUUGGCAUUCAAGAGAUCAUACUCGUCAAAGAGGGCCUACACAGAAGAGGAGCUGAACGCCAAGCUGACGCGGCGAGUACAGAAAGCUGCCCGCAGACAAGCCAAGCAAGAGGAGCUAAAGAGGUUACACAGAGCUCAGAUUAUCCAGCGGCAGUUGGAACAAGUGGAAGAGAAGCAGAGGCAACUCGAGGAGAGAGGAGUUGCUGUGGAGAAGGCCCUUCGAGGAGAAGCAGACUAUUGGGGAGAGUCUUAUUACAGUGACCUCAUCGACUUGCAUCUGGGUGUUGAGCCCAAUGCCGGGACACCACGUCGUAGACCUCUCUCCUUCUGCCCUUGCUGUGCCCAUGAAGGCAUGGGUAAGAAGGAUGACCCCAGGCUGAUGCAGGAGUGGUUCAAGCUGGUGCAGGAGAAGAAUGCCUUGGUUCGCUACGAGUCUGAACUGAUGAUAUUUGCUCGGGAGCUAGAACUGGAAGACAGGCAGAGUCGACUGCAGCAGGAACUCCGUGAGAGGAUGGCAGUAGAAGAUCAUCUGAAGACAGAUGAGGAGCUCUCAGAGGAGAAGAGGAUCCUGAACGAAAUGCUUGAAGUAGUGGAGCAGAGAGAUUCCCUUGUGGCUCUCCUUGAGGAGCAGCGGCUUCGAGAAAAAGAAGAAGACAAGGACCUGGAGGCAGUCAUGCUUUCCAAAGGUUUUAGCUUAAACUGGUCCUGAGCUUAACACGUUUACCUCUGCUGGUCUGUGCUGUCCAGUUGGCCUACCCUGAGUUUGCCAGAGUUACAUGGAUAGGAAGAUGUUGAAGGGGAAACCUCCGAAGGGUCCAACAGCAUGCAGGGAUUUGGUUUGAAGCACUCUAAAGCCUUUUGAUAAGUGUGUGGGUUCCAGAAGCUUAAGUUUCACAUGUCUGCAAGCCAAGUUGAAGAAGUGAGUUGAGACUGUGGAGUCUCCUUAAGGUCCUGUACGAUGGGCCAUAUUUUGUGUGUGUGGUAGGAGGGAGGGGGGUAUAAUCCAUGUGUGGGGAAGGAGGUUAAGGGAAGAGGUACCCUUAACUACAUUGGAUUUAAGGCAGUCCAUUCCUUUCCCGUUUUUACUACACCAGUUCUAAUAAAAGGGAGGCAAGUGGCAAGCCUUCCUGAAAAACCACAGCAACCUGUAGCAGUGGAGUCAGCUGUCCAAGAGAGCUCCAGAAGCCCAGGGCAACACCUUCUUUGCUUUAGUCUUCCUCCCCACCAAAGAAAACUGCAGUUGAUCCUUAUGCAUGGAUAUGAAGAAAUACAAGACAGAGAAGAUACUGCAAUGUGUGAUGGAACUCUUUGCCUCUGGGUUUUUGGAGAGAAGUGGGCAUCAGUGGACUCUUUCCCUACCUUAGCCUCCUAAAUCUUCUUGUGGGGAACAAGGGGAGCAGAAGAGAGAGGGAAGAUGCCCAUCUGCUUUGCUACACACUGGAGAGACAGCUACUGCUGGCCUUAGUCUUCAUGGCCACAGCUCAGAGGCUGGUGGGCUUCCUUGUUUUGUUUUUGUGACUGUUUUGACACUGGAAAAUACUGCUGUGGGACAGUGGUUAAGUGUGUGCUGGGGCAGGGGUGUUCCCAGGCAGCAUUCCCUGGUUAUUUGGCCCCUACGAGGAGAAGCCCUUAAGUGACUGAUCCACCAUUAAGACUUUUCAGUGUUUUUAUUUUUUUUUUCCUCUGUAUUUUGUUUUUGCACAUUGGAAACAAAGCUUAAGACCUGCCUGGGCCAUCAGUCACUUUGACCCUUUUAUGUCAAUUAACUUAUUUUUUUAAUACUUGAAAGAAGAUUCAUUUUUGUAUCUUUUAGGAAAAAAAUGGACGAGUGAUGGGUGUGUGUGCCUGCUGCAUCCUACAACUUCCACUUCAAAAUUACUGGACGUUGUUACCUGUGGCUAUUUAUUAGUGUUCUUAUUAAUAAUUUGAUUGUUACACAUAUUUGAUUGUGGAGGGAGUGUUUUAACUCUGUUAGAGAAAGACACUACUGCGGAUUAGUCCCUGCUUCACAGCAAGGGCAGCCUUUAUGUACCCAUGGAUGCGUCCUGCCCAAGGAGUUUUCCUCUAUGAAAAAAUCCUCUGCACUCAUGGAGUUUAAGAAUCUA